AGUAGUUAAUUACUAGUAGACAAUAGUGUAGUGAACUGAAAAGCACUAUGAUUUUUGUUUUGGUUAUUAUCGUAAUUUUAAAUGGUUACACAAUAGUUCAGACAUAUGACAUAUCAAGAGGAUGUCCAGAUAACAUUGUAUAUCCAUUACCAUCUUACGACAUUAUUGACUAUGGUACCUAUACAUGGACGACGACAAACGGAAUGGUGAUUACUAACAAGAUAACUCACCAUUAUAAAACAAUAUUCCAUAACGGAAUGGCAAAUAUGUUGGUGACAUCGUGUUAUUCAUAUGAUAAUGUGGGUGUACAGGAUAAAAGAACUAAUCCAAGUAAUAUACAACUAGGAGUGCAACUUGCGUGUGAGCAUCAAGCUGACUGUGAUGCUGGUCAUAUUAUUCCAACUAUAUUGGGUGGUAAUGAAACAGCCACCAAUUUUAUACCGCAAUUCAAUAGUUUUAACAGAGGUGUUUGGGCACAGUAUGAAUCUGACAUUAAAACCCGUGCUCCAGUUAAUAGUAUUGUGAUAACAUUAUAUGAAUAUGCUCCAAAAAGUCUGAACAAUUCUAUUUUGUCAAGUGUGGGUGCCGUACCGUUUUUUCUCUAUCGUCAACCUGAUAUUAUGCGAUCCUAUGUGGUGGUUGACGGUGUUGAUCCACGACUGUUAUUUUGUGGUACAUUUCUUAAUAGACAUGGUGUUAAAAAUCCGAAACACACUUUAAUAGACAUGUCAAUACGUGACUGGAUUUCAAUGAAGAAACCCAAAGGUACAUACGGUAAAUGUGGUAAUGUCAAAGUUUAAAAAAAAAUAAAUAAAAUAUAUAUUGUUUUCUCUGCGUCUUUCAAUAUACAUAUUCUGGUAUGACGCUGUCGUUGCGGAAAAAAAAAUUUAAAAAAAAAUUAAAAAAUAAAAAAUAAAUAAAAUAUAUAUUGUUUUCUCUGCGUCUUUCAAUAUACAUAUUCUGGUAUGACGCUGUCGUUGCGGAAAAAAAAAAUUUAAAAAAAAUUUAAAAAAAUCAAAAAAAAAAAAAGAAAAAAAUAUAUAUUGUUUUCUCUGCGUCUUUCAAUAUACAUAUUCUGGUAUGACGCUGUCGUUGCGGAAAAAAAAAUUUAAAAAAAAAUUAAAAAAUAAAAAAUAAAUAAAAUA